ACCACUAGCAGUACAACUACAGUUCCUAUAUACCUAAUAACAAAUCAUUCAACUACAGUUACUAUAUACCUAAUAACACAUCAUACAACUACAGUUCCUAUAUACCUAAUAACAAAUCAUACAACUACAGUUCCUAUAUACCUAAUAACAAAUCAUACAACUACAGUCCAUAUAUACCUAAUAACAAAUCAGACAACUACAGUUACUAUAUACCUAAUAACAAAUCAUACAACUACAGUUACUAUAUACCUAAUAACACAUCAUACAACUACAGUUACUAUAUACCUAAUAACAAAUCAUAUAACUACAGUUACUAUAUACCUAAUAACACAUCAUACAACUACA